AACAGGGAAAACCGACUUGGAAUGUCACAUAGAGUAGUCCUUUAUUUCUGGAGGCAAUGUGCAGUAGCCAUGUUUUGUUGAGGGUCCAUUUGAAUUUGAGACAAUAUUGAGUGUUUUUUUCCUCUAGGCUCUUUGGCUCAGUUAUUUGUUGUUGUAAUUGUAAAUUAAUAACAGAAGUUUGUCUAUUUUUCGGACUUUUAUGACUUAAGGAUCCACUUCUGGCCGAGUUGAAAUUUAUAUAAAUAAAUGGUUCAUUUCAUUCACAUUUUAUGGAAAAUUUCAGUGAUUCUGACUCCUCAUAUGUGAGUCUCUCAGAAUUGGAUUCGGAUUAUUGUCUCAACAAAAAUAUGGCUGAAUGCAUGAUGAAUGGAAUAAGCCGUCUCCCUCAGGAGGGCCCAUCUCAGGAUUUACCUGUGCCCACACCCACCAUGUCGCAAUGGGCCAAAGUCCAGCAGAGUCCCACCAUCUUCCGACAGAUGCAACAGUUCUACCAGUCGCCUUUCUCCAUGGAGGUGCGAUACUUCCUCUGCCAGUGGAUUGAGGAUCAGCAGUGCAAGCAGAACUUCAGCAGCAACAUUUAAACCAGGACAUUGUGGGAGCGACCCAAACUGGGGUAAAUGAGAAGAUUAUGGCAGAGAUACAAGUUCUUCAGAGGAAGACGGCGGCCACAGAAAAUGAUUUGAAGAACUUGAAGGAGAAGCAAGAAUCUUUCAUCAUCAAGUUCAGUGACACUCAGAGAAUUUCAGGCUCUGUCCAAGAAGUAUGAGACGACCAUCACGAGCCUGGGCGAUCUGCAGAAGGAAAUCCUGGACAACGAGCUCAUCGACUGGAAGAGAAGGCAACAGUUGGCGGGGAAUGGGCUUGUCAUGGAUGCCUCUAGUGUGGAGACUUUGCAGCAGUGGUGUGAAUCUCUAGCGGACCUGAUCUGGCAAAAUCGACAACAGAUCAAGCAGUCAACGACGCUACAGCAACAGUUGCCCAUCAAACAUCCCGAUGGCGAGGACGAUCUGCUGCCUAAACUCAAUGACACUAUCACUGGACUACUUUCUUCUAUUGUCACCAGCACCUUCAUUGUUGAACAGCAGCCGCCGCAGGUGUUGAAAAAAGACGCGCGCUUUGGGGCUGUGGUUCGACUCUUAGUAGGGGGCAAGCUAAACGUACACAUGAACCCACCAACUGUCAAAGCCACCAUCAUCAGUGAGAAUCAGGCGAAGGAUUUACUCCGCAAUGACCUGAAGGCCAAGAACGACACAAGCGGUGACAUACUCAACAACACAGGGAACAUGGAAUACCAACAAAACACAGGCCAGCUCAGUGUUAGCUUCAAGAAUAUGCAAUUGAAAAAGAUCAGGCGAGCAGACAAGAAAGGCUCAGAGGCAGUAACAGAGGAAAAGUUCUGUAUCUUGUUCCAAUCAGAAUUCAGUGUUGGUGGAAAUGAGUUGGUCUUUCAAGUCUGGACCCUGUCCCUGCCUGUUGUGGUGACCGUCCACGGAAACCAGGAGUGCAACGCCACCGCCACCGUUCUGUGGGACAACGCUUUUGCCGAGCCUGGUCGCGUCCCAUUCACAGUCCCCGACCACGUGGAUUGGAUGAUGCUGGGAGACCAGUUGUCCAUGAAGUUUAUGUCACAGACGGGAAAAGGGCUGAGCGAUACCAAUCUGACCUACAUAGCAUCCAAGCUCUUUGGUGCAAAGGACCCGACGACAUGUAAAGUGACUUGGGCUCAGUUCAAUAAGGACACACUCCCAGGUCGUCCCUUCACGUUCUGGGAGUGGUUCUACGCCAUCCAAAAACUGACCAAAGAGCAUCUCAAAGACCUCUGGAUUGACCAGGCAAUCAUCGGCUUCGUCAGCAAGGGUCACGCUCAGGAGUGGCUGAGCAACAAACCGCUGGGCACGUUUCUGCUACGCUUCAGCGACUCAGAGAUUGGAGGCAUUACCAUCGCUUGGAUAGGUGAGAGACAAGGGGUUUGGAACCUGGCGCCUUUCACCACUAAAGACUUCCACAUCCGUGGGUUGGCCGACCGCGUCAAAGACUUGAACAGUUUGGUGUACCUGUUCCCCAGUAAACCAAAAGAUACGGUCUUCUCCAAAUACUACACUUCUGCUACUGAACAAGUGAGCAACGACGGCUAUGUUAGACCACAGCUGAGAACCACAAUUCCAGACGAGUUCAACACAAUUGCUGAGUCAGAGAUGCACCCUCUCUCUCCUGACACGCCCGCAUACGUCCAUAAUCCAGGCUCUGUACAUAGCACCGUCACAGACAUGGAUGACCUCCCCCUGACCCCUCUGGCAGAGAUCGACCUGAACGGUAUUACAGACUACAUCCCAGCCGAUAUUGACCAUAUCAACGCCAUUAGCGACAUGGACGUAUCUCAACUGCUGUCUAAUACGAACUACAAUAUCUGAGACCUUCAGCAUCAGGGUCGCCUGGUGUCAGAGGGAAAAUUAGCGAGAAAAUGGCUGCCAAAGUAUAGUGACUGUCAAGGCUUGAGAGUCUUUGGAAAAGUGCAAAUUUAUCAUUUUUAUGCUUUUGAUCAAUAUUUUUAAAUAGAUGUAAAAGGUGUUGUACCAAAAAAA